CUCUCCACCUCGUAGAUAAACUGUGUUUCGAACGUUAGAACCGCCAUUCCUUACUUCCUGCAAUCUCCAAGCAAGCCAUCAUCGAGGAAUAUAUAGAAGAAGGAGGAUCAAUUCCCCGCCGGUGGGAGUAGGUGUUGGCCAAUCCACACGUACAGGACUCGCAAUGACGACGACGACGACGACAGGGAUGAUGGCAUCAUCAUCGUUGACGGCGACGGAGACAGUGGAGAGUAAAAUGUUUAAUCAGGAGAUAGCGGAGAUGUAUGACCAGAUAACUGCAACAUGGGAGGACAUCUUGGGCUGGGAGUACCUGCACCAUGGCUUCUAUGACCCAAAAGUUCCAACUCCGCUCUCUGACCAACAUUCUGCUCAUAUUCGUAUGAUCGAAGAGUGCCUCCGGUUUGCCGGCGUUCCAGAGGAUUGGAAGAAGAAGCCGAAAAGCAUAGUUGAUGUUGGGUGUGGAUCGGGGGCCGACACCAUGCACCUAGCGAGGAAAUAUGGGGCCCAAUGCCUAGGUAUCAACUUGAGCCCUGUCCAAGUACGAAGAGCUCAAGAUUUGGCAGCUGCCCGUGGAUUAGCAGAUAAAGUGUCAUUCAUAGUUGGGGAUGCUUUGCAACAACCAUUUCCUGAUGGGAAGUUUGAUCUAGUUUGGGCCAUGGAGAGCGUGGAUCACAUGCCUGACAGAAAAAAGUUUGUGAGCGAAUUGGCACGGGUAGCAGCCCCUGGGGGCACUAUAAUAAUAACGGCAUGGUGUCAUAGAGAUCUCUCCUCCCCAGAGGACUUCUUGAAGCCAGAAGAGAAGAAGCUAUUGGACAAGAUACGUGAUUCUACUCAUCUACCAGAUUUGUGUUCAGCUGCUGAUCAUGUGAAACUACUUCAAUCCUUCUCAUUGCAGGAUAUCAAGGUAGCAGAUUGGUCGCAGUAUGUGACUCCAUUUUGGCCUGCUGUAAUCCGCUCUGCAUUAUCAUGGAAGAGAAUCAUCCCACUGCUUCGAAGUGGAUGGGAAAACAUAAAGGGACUGUUUAACUUGCAAUUGGCAAAUGAGGGAUUCAGGAAGGGUGUCGUCAAAUAUACCGUCAUUACUUGCAGAAAACCGGCGUGAAUUAUCAAAAGGAUAUCUCUCUCUCUCUACCUAUGUGCGUUUUAGUUAGGUUGGCUUCUUGAUUUUAGUGGAUUAAAAUGUUUUGGUUUGAUUAGGGAUGCACUUGUCAUUUCUAUCAUUUUAUUUUUAAAUCUUGUAUUGUAAUUAUUAGAACUUUUGCUAUGAUAAUUACUUAUGUGGAAGACAUGUUGUAYUCAUGGAUAAAUAUGRUUUCUUGGUGUCA